GCCUUAUCGACGUGCGUUAGAAGGACCCAUUUCAGGUGCUACCUCAUGUCAAAUUCUAUAACCUAGACAUAUACAAAUUUUAUGUUCUAAAUGUUUAAGAACAUGUAUAAGUAUGGAGCGUCGCGUUAAAAAACAAACUAGUGUAAAUCACAUUGUUAAAAAAAGGACACCGCGUCAAUCAGCCAAAACAAAAAACGACAUCUACGUUGACAACAAAACAAAUUUCAAGGCAUUUUUGAAAUUUUGUGAAAAAAUUUUCAAUUCUGGGUCAAGAGAAGUUAUUAUUCAUGGUCUUGGAAAAUCAAUUCCUCGUGCAUGUGAAUUGGCUUUACGUCUUCAAUCCAUCCAUCACAAUACUUUGCAGAUAGACACUAAAACUUCAACUGUAAAAUUAGUUGAUGAUUGGGAACCAACGAAUGAUGAUGCUGAUUUUGAAGUAAACGAAAGAACCAAUUCGGCAAUCCGCAUUAGAUUAUACAGACUUGUUGCUGUAGGUCCUGAAAAACUUGAUAGCUAAUUUAAUAACAUUAAGUAAA